AUGAGGGCUCUUCUCUUGCUUUCUCUUAUCCUCGCUGUGAUGACCGUUUGCUCGGCCUACCAUAGAAAGCUCGUGGUUGAAGGAAACAGCGGCCCCCUGACCGACGCGGGAAUAGGUAUAGGAGAGAGAGAAGACACGAAGAGCGCGCUGAGGUACACAGGGAGUAACGCCGACAAUCACCAUAGCAUACCCAGACCGCAGUACGGAGGUCGGAACGGAAAUGGAGGCCAGCAAACCCCAGGCGGAGACGAUCAGAGUAGCGGUGGGUCUGGGGGUGGCGGGACCAACUAA